AUGAGGCCUGGAAGCAGCCUGUGGUUUGCUGUCUUCUGCUGGGUUCUUGGUGGGGUGGUUUCUUACAACCCCUGGGGCUUCUUUAGAGGGGAGUCAGAUGUACAGUGGUAUGGGAGGGAUCCUUCUUUCGGGCAGCCUCGUGCCUUCUCCCAGCCCUCCCCCUGGGCUCGGGUUGAUGUCUCCCAGCUCCAGGCUGCGUCCCCACUGCAUCCUGUGGCUGUGCAGUGCCAGGAGGCUCAGAUGGUGGUCACGGUGCACAGGGAUCUCUUUGGCACAGGGCGCCUGGUGAGGGCUGUGGACCUGACCCUGGGCCCAGCUGCCUGCCAGCCUGUGGCCCUGAGUGCUGCAGAGAACACUGUGACCUUCGCGGUGGGGCUCCAUGAGUGCGGCAGCAUCCUCAGGCUAACCCCUGAUGCACUAGUCUACAGCACAAGCUUAAAUUACAACCCAGUCCCUACUGGCAACUUGGUCAUCAUCCGCACCAGCCCUGCUGUGGUUCCUAUUGAGUGUCACUAUCCGAGGAGGGAGAACGUGAGCAGCAAUGCUGUCAGGCCCACAUGGGUGCCAUUCCACUCCACCCUGUCCUCAGAGGAGAGACUGGCAUUCUCCCUGCGCCUCAUGAAUGAUGACUGGAGUGCUGAGAGACCCUCCAAUGUGUUUCAGCUGGGAGAGGUCCUCCACUUCCAAGCUGGUGUUGAUACAGAAAACCAUGCCUCUCUGAGGCUCUUUGUGGACAGCUGUGUGGCUACUCCAACCUCAGACAGGAACUCCUCUCCUCAAUAUACUCUCAUUGGCUUCAGAGGAUGCCUGGUGGAUGGGCAACUGGAUGAUGCCACUUCAACUUUUAUAUCUCCAAGACCCAGGCAAGAUGUGCUUCAGUUUGUGGUAGAGGCAUUCAAGUUCACAGGAAACUCCAGCAACCUGAUCUACAUGACCUGCCACCUGAAGGUGUCUCUGGCUGACCAGGCUCCAGACCCUCUGAACAAGGCUUGCUCCUUUGACAAAGCCAGAAGCCUCUGGACUCCUGUGGAAGGCACCAGGGAUAUCUGCUCCUGCUGCGAGGUGAGGAGCUGUGGCUUGGCUGGGCACUCCAGGAGGCUUAAUGCUGCCUCCCGAAGGCAAGGAGGACGUUUCAGGAGAGAACUGUCCUCCCAGCCUGAUCCUUUGAAAGAAGCAGAUGUUAUAGUUGGACCCCUCUUCAUCCACAGCUGGCAGGAUCAUUCCGUCAGGAGGAUGCCUUCACAAGGUAGGGCAAGCUCAGUGGGACUGGUAGCAGUUGCUGGUCUGGUCGUUCUGAUUCUUGCUGCUCUAGGAGCUCUGACUGUCUGCCGGAGAUCCAGCAACCCCAUCUAA